AUGGGCAGCAACGUCCGAACCAACAGAAGGAGUGUUUCUGACUGAAGGAAGAGCCGUUCGAGAGGGAGUUCGGAUGGGAAAGGUUAUUGCCAACGCUCCUCCAUAUUCCCGAGAAUUGUCAUCGAGUUUUUGCGGGAGAUAAAGCCACAUAUGCCCAACAGUUGGCCCGCCAAACAGAACAAGCCUGGAGAAGAGACGUAGAAGCGCUAGAGGAUGAAUCAGCCAUGAUGAAGCAGCAAUUCGACCACCGAAAACAAGUACAACAGGCGCAUGUGACCGUCGGAGAUUUGGUGCUCCGACGCGUAGACGCGUAUCGGAAAGGAGAGUAUCACAAGUUCCAAGGUAAGUACUCGGGACCCUUUGUGGUCAGAAAAAUUUGUAGCCCCCAUGCUGUCAUUCAGCAUGCAGAGCGGGGAGCCGAAAUCAGGCUACAUUUAA